GAGUUAUCUCACUUCCUUAAAGUACUCUUUGGCUCCUCCUGUCUGCCUCUUUCGCUGAGGUCUCUACCAACAGCAGUCUUAACAUUCUGCUUUAGUUUUAGUCAUCUUCUGUCAAUCAAAUUUAAUUGUAUGGGUUUUUAAUGGCUCUGGUCUUAGUUUCUUGUGUAAGCUCGGUACAAAAAAAGCGCCUUUCGGGGUUGGGGGUUGCCAAGCGUUAGUAAACGUAAGGCUAGCUUAUGCUAACGUCGCUAGCAUGUGCUAAAGAAAGUCGGUGAAAUAAAGUAGGGUUGACAGUUUAAUAUACCGAUUUUCCUCUACUGGACUACUUUUGAUUAGGUGGUGUUUUUUUUAGCCAUUUAAGUGUCGUUUGGUUGCGCUACAUCCCGUGCCUACCUCCUCGGUGUGUGCGCUAAACGCUGACGAUAGCAUUAGCACCCCUGCUGUUGUCUUCCCUGAUUCAUUUCAAAUAGCCAGCCUGUAUCACCUCUGCCAAAAUGAUGGACUUUGACAACAUAUUGGACAUUGCCACGCAAAAUCGGGCUCCCAGCAACUCACAGAAGCGAUACAGUUUACAAGCUGCACCACCCAAAAAGGACCCGAGGUCAAAAGGUGUAAAUCCAUCAGCUGUGCAGGCGCUUCUGAAGAAACAAACCUGUGAGAGCAAGAAGAAAGAAAUCCAAAUGAAGAAAAAGAAGGAGGAACUACUAGCAAAGAGAGUGGAGUUGAAGUCGGACCGUAAAGCACGAGCCAUGGCUUCCAGAACUAAGGACAAUUUCCGAGGCUACAAUGGCAUCCCAGUGGUGGAGCUUCCUAAGAAGAGAAGGUCAAAACUAGAGAUGCAGGAAGAGCGGGCCUUAAAUGGGGAAGGUUUUAGGAAUAACUCGAUUGACCCAGAAGAUGAUGAAGACAAUUACGAGUAUGAACAGACCGAUUCAGAAUCGGAGCAGGAGCCAGAGCUCCGGAGACCUGGGAAGACCACAGGUUUUAGUGGAAAUAGUGGCGGUAGUAGUAAUAGCAGCGUCAGGCCCUCCUCUAAAAAGCCCAGUGGGCCACCCAAGCCCGCUCCACCUCCCAUGAACUUUGCACAGUUACUCAAAUUGGCAGAGAAGAAGCAGUUUGAGCCUGUUGAGGUAAAAACCAAGGUGGUAAAGAAAGAAGAAAGGCUCCGAACAGCUGAUGAGAUAAGGGAACUGGAGCUGGAGCGCAAGGUUAAGAGGCCAAUCAAAGAUUUCAAGGCAGAUAAGGAAAGAGACGGCAAAUCUCAGACGACUUUUAGUUCAAUGAGAAAAAACACUUCUGAGCAGAAGAGCUUGAAACCACAAAAGACCUCCAUCGAAAAGCAAAGUCUUCCCAGUGGGUCAGGAAAGAAGUUGAAUCCAACACGGACUAGUGAUAAAGGCCAGUCUUCUUCUAGGCCCUCUGUUGGCGACAGAGAGAGAGAAAGACCCAGGAUGCCUCACACCGAUCGAGACAGGCCCAAGACGAACUCGUCUAGUUCAUCUGGUGCUGUAAACGGUAAAGGUACUUCAAGAGCCACGUCUUCUCAGGUUUCAGCCAAACAAGGGGGACUCAAGCCCUCAUCUAGCCACAAAUCCAGCACCCCAAGUGACCUUAACCUCAAAAAAGAAAGCUCAUCAAGAGCCCCAGGUAUUCCUGGUAGCCGGGCUCCCGGUACACCUGUCAGCGGCCAAAGAUCUCAACCUGGGAGCUCCAAACAGAUCAGGCCCAGUCAGGGUAGCUCAUUGAAGCCGGGCCCUACGGUUGGAGGCCACAAGCCUGGAAAAGGAGAACCUCUCAGGCCUGGAAUGAACUCCUCUGUAAAGUCUAGCGGGAAUUCGGGCAUGAGACCUUCAUCGGGCGCCCCCCCCAGGGCAGCGAACCAACCCCAGUCGAGGCCUGAAGGCACGCCCCAGGCGAGGGCCGGUGGUGUUCCACAGGCGAGGCCGGGUGGGCGCGGCCUACAGGGUCCCCCUAGAGGGGGCGCAUCCCGACCUCCGGGGAGUGGCCGUGGCCGUGGAGGACCAGCACCCGGGCGGCCGACUGGCAGCGUCGCAACGGGACCCGGAAGCUCCAAGUGCACCGUGGUGUCCGAGACCAUUUCGUCCAAGAAUUUCGGCGGACCCCGACCGGGCGUCCCCCGACCAGGCGUCCCCCCUCGGCCGGGCAUGCCGCAGAACCCGGGAAUGCUGCAGAGACCGGGAAUGGCGCCGAGACCAGGAAUGCCACAGAGACCUAUGAUGAACAGACCACCGGGUACGAUGUUACCACCCAUCACCUCUGCAUACAAGAGGAAAUACGACGACGACGACGAAGACGAGUUUGACUCUGAAAUGGACGAUUUCAUUGACGAUGGAGAUGAACCGCAGGACGACAUUUCCAGGCACAUUAAAGAAAUAUUUGGCUACGAUCGGAAAAAGUACAAGGAUGAGAGUGACUAUGCACUUAAAUUCAUGGAGAGCAGUUGGAGAGAUAUGCAAAAAGAGGAGGCCAGGAGCCUGAGAAUGGCUGUGCAGGAGGAUCUGGAGGAGGAGAAAAGAGAGCUGGAGGACCUCAACAUGCUAAAGGCCAAGAGGAAAAAAAAGAACUGAAGGCUGUUUUUCUUUGAUGAGGAAUAAAAAAGAAAAUGAAAAAAAACUAUAUACUGUUUGUCCUGAAAGAUGGGACCGCCGAUCUGCGUUGAAGCUCAGUGACUGUGGCCACCUCGACUGCCGUUGCUUUCUCUCUGCUUCUCUCAAUAUGAUUGGACCCAAACACGUGGCCACGUCUCCACAGGAAAAGAAAAUGUUUUUCAAAGACAACCUGAAAAUGUCAAAUGCAAAAUACGUGUAAAUCAUUCAGGCAUUAGUCUGCAACAAAAACAAUCUUACAUUUCUCUGUUGUACUAUUUAUUUCCCCCACUCUGCAGUGAUCUCAAUUUCUGAAAGGACCUGAGAACGUUAAAAAUUGAAGUGUUUUUUUCUUUUUCUUUUUUUUUAAACUAACAA